AUAUCAUCAUCACGACCUUCACUACACUCACUAGCUAUAACUCUUGAAGUGUAAUUUCCUCCACCAAUAUUUCCUAAUCAUGGCUAGCCCUCUACUUGUGAAACUUACCUGCGUGGCUGUGGCAGUGUUCUUGGUUAGUUUUGGACACAUUAUUCCCUUGGCAGAAGCUGAUAUUCCAUGUGGCGAGGUGCAGUUCACAGUGGCACCAUGCAUAAGGUACCUAAGGAGUCCUAAUGAACGUGUCCCAGGAAUAUGCUGCAACGGGGCUAGGAGCAUAAACAACCGAGCAAAAACCACCUCAGAUCGUCGAGGGGUAUGUAGAUGCGUCAAAAGCAAUGUUUUGAACUUGCCUGGACUAAACCUUGCAAAACUUGCAGCCCUCCCUGGCGCCUGUGGGAUCAACUUGCGCUACAAGAUCACCCCCACCGUAGAUUGCAACACGGUAAACCGAACAGCUUGCACGAGGGUUUACGCUUGUCUAAUACUUGUUUCGCAGUAAUAACCAGCAAAGAGGGAAUAAAGAUGGUUUAAUUUCCUCCAUUGUAUCCCACUGGGGAGUGCUUUAUAUAUUAUCAUUUGCAUCUCAAUAAAUGUUACAAUAAUAUCUAUCACUAAUAUAUAUAUAUAUAUAUAUCGCUAUCUUAUUUGUAA